UUGCAGAGCUGGUUGCAGGCACAGCAAAUCCACAUCCACAGCAAAACCCCUCAGCCACCAACUUUCCUAGGCAACGGGCAACUGUGCACAGCUGCUGCUGAGCUCCAGAUGUUUCCCAUUAGCAAUGGCUCAGGCCAGCGUCAGCUCUACCUGUUCUGUUUCAUAUGGUGAAAUGGAUAACUGGGACAACAACAAUGAAUUCAUUCAGCGACUGGAUUUUUCCAGUUGUGGUGAAGAGAGUGAAGAUGGAAGUAUAAAUGAGGAGGAUGCCCUGAGCUCGAGCCCCCCCAGGAGCUGCGAGUUCCAGAACUGGCAAGGGAGCAGUCCUCUGCCAGCAACACCUCAAAGAAAGCUAAGUGAGAUUUUCACGAGCAGGACAAAAGCCUGGGUGAGUCCCACGUUGAAUGCUUCCCCAGUGGUGAGCAAGAGACCGGGUAAUGCCGAGACACCGCUGCACAUCACCUGGAAAAAGCUGCAGCUGUGUGAUACCCCCCACACCCCCAAGAGCCUGUUAUCGAAGACAGCUUUUCCUUCAUCUGGGACAAAGGUCCCACACAAAGGCUUCCGACACCUGAGAUUUACUCCUGGUGCUGACUCGGAUGACUCUACCCAAGCUUCUCUUGUCAACAUUAAUCCCUUUACACCAGAGUCGUAUCGACAAAUGCUCUUUCUUCCUAAUGGCAAGCGGAAGACCAGAGGAGAGCUGAGCGAUCCUGAUUGUAGCAGCCAGAUAAAACAGGAGCUACCUACAAAGAGAUAUCCUCUGAAAGAGAGCAACAUGGUUUCCCGCUACAAGAAAGAGUUCCUGGAACUAGAAAAAAUUGGUGUGGGGGAAUUUGGCUCUGUCUACAAGUGCAUCAAACGCCUCGAUGGAUGCGUUUAUGCCAUCAAACGCUCCAAAAGGCCUCUGGCAGGAUCCUCAGAUGAGCAGCUGGCGCUGCGCGAGGUUUAUGCUCACGCUGUCCUUGGACAUCACCCCCAUGUUGUGCGCUACUACUCAGCGUGGGCAGAGGAUGAUCACAUGAUUAUCCAGAAUGAACACUGCAAUGGUGGGAGUCUCCAAGAUGCGCUGCUGGAAAAUGCGAAGCUCGGCCAGUAUUUCCUGGAAGCAGAGCUGAAAGAAAUAUUGUUACAAGUCUCCAUGGGGCUAAAAUACAUCCACAACUCUGGCCUUGUGCACCUGGAUAUCAAACCUAGUAAUAUCUUCAUUUGUCACAAGCUGGCAGUUGCAGACCCUGCUGGGCAGGAAGAAAGCGACAGUGAAGAUGAAUUCUCUUCUAGUGUGGUGUAUAAGAUUGGUGACCUUGGCCAUGUGACAUCAAUAACAAACCCCCAGGUGGAGGAAGGAGACAGACGGUUUUUGGCCAAUGAGAUUUUGCAAGAGCAAUAUGGCUAUUUGCCAAAGGCGGACAUCUUUGCCCUGGCACUCACAGUAGCUCUAGCAGCUGGCACGGCACCGCUGCCUCACAAUGGGGCCAUGUGGCACCACAUCCGCCAAGGCAAUAUGCCACAGAUCCCCCAGAAGCUUCCUCAUUGCUUUCUUGAACUUCUCAAGCUCAUGAUCCAUCCUGACCCAGCGGAAAGACCUUCUGCCACAGCUCUUACUAAACAUCCAGUUCUCCGUCCUUCACGUGGAAAAGCUGUGCAGCUCCAGAAGCAGCUGAAUGUGGAGAAGUGCAAGACUGCCAUGCUGGAAAGGGAACUUAAAGCAGCCCGCCUUGCCCAGACCCUCAUGAAGGACCAGCCCUUAGGAAGUGCCAAGUUGCAAGAGUCUGAAACCUCUUCUAAGCAGAAGCGCCUGGUGGGAGGGAAGAGUUGUCGCUCAUUUAGCUUUACUCUGGGUUACUGAACUUCAGUGUUGUCCAAAAAGCUCUGGCUGCCGAAUGGCCCUGUGAAAGCAGAGGGUUUGCACAGACCAAUGCCCCAUAUUAGCUCUCCCUGUUGUGGUUUUUGGUUCCCUCAUUAGUUUUGAUGAGAUGUUGGCUGAGGGAAGAAGCACUAGCUUCCCAGUGUCAAUCAUGAAAUUCCAGAUCAUUGUCUUCAGUCUUUUGCCUGUUUAAUUUCUUGUGUAACUGGUCUUGCUCUAGACUUGCUCUAUCUGCCAUACCAAGGGAAAGGACAGCAUUUCCUCUACUCGCUUCCCUUUUUGUUCAGUUGGGCCCUAUGAUUGAUGGUGUUUUUGUCGUCUUAACACUCUGGCCACCUGUGUAUCUUUAAAGGGGAGAUAGUGGCUGUACCCGGAGACAGCACCUACAGCAGGGUCCUCCUGGAAGUGAGGAGGUGGAGACUAUGGUAGACGGUUUUAAUGACACAUCAGGAGACAGACUGGUUACAUUGCAGUCCUGGUGGACUUAGUGGUGGAUGUAGCUGGAGUGUCAUUUCACUGAGGGGGUCAAAGAGGAAAAGGAAACACUUUGAGUCAUAGGGGCCUUGCUUGUGGAAGUUGAAGGAGCGCUUCCCUCCCUUAACUUUCAGCAGUGAGCACGAUACCACGUAGCUGAUGUGGUUAAGCUGUUGCAGGCUGGUCCCUGAUGCCAGACUUGUUUUAUGCCGAUUGGAAGGACUUGCUUAAAGUGGGGGGAGCGACUGGCGCGCUGGUAGGUGGCUGUGUUUCUGUUUGCCUUCCAGUCUCCUACAUGGGGCGCAACUGCCCGCUGAUUGCGGCAUCAUUUCAGCAAAGAUGAGGGGAAAUCAGAAAUGGCUUUUGAGGCCUUGUCAGAUUUUUUUUUUUUUGGAGCUGCCCAUGUAAAAGUUUGUGUAUAUAUUUAAUAUUUAUUAAAUCUUGCUAUGCCCCUGCUUAAUGUAACUGCCUGAAUGUGCGUCGGCUCUGUGUCUGGCUGUGGCAGCUGGACACACAGGGUGUGCUGUUACCAGGGAGAGAGUAAAGUUGUAACUCGGUUAUUUUCAGGUUUUACCGGUUUAAUUUUCAAGUGCUGGACAGUGCCGGCUUUUAAACUGUUAGCUGCUAUGCUUUAAGAAGGGAAACGUGCAAAUAAAGAUUUUAAUCCUUUUACCUACGACAGCGUGACUUUCUCUUUUAAUUUUUUUUUCCCCUUUGGGCCUCCUUCCCCGCCACCCGGGAGACCUCGAUCCCCCAUGGGCGAAAGCCUGACCGCGGGCGGCAGGGCAGGCGCUAGCCGUGGCGGGAGGCCCCGCCGCCCCUCAGAAGGCCGCGCCAUCCCCUCCUUCGUCUUCCACUGCGAGCCCGCGGUGCGCUGCCCUCUCCCGCCCCCCGGGCCGCCUUACCCCGCCGCCCCCCGUAGAACCUCUCGCCGGCGGAGCGGGACGCGUUUCCGCCCGGACCCCUCUUUGCGCCGGACCCACCGCUUCCCUUUCCGUUUCCGGACGGCUGCGGGCGCUGCGGCGGGAGAGUUGCAGAGGGCGGGGGGUCGACGGGGCUUGGGGAGGCGGUGGCGGGACGGCUCGGGUCUGGUCCGGU